CUUCCUCGAUUACGUACAAUGCAUGCGACGACGUUUGAAUGCUAGAGGUAGCACAAUAAACACGAGUACAGUACAUUUUCAAACACAUUGCUAUAUUGUGCUUAAACAAGCAAGGAGUAUUCUUUGCAGCGAUGGGGCCUAUUGAGCUUCUGCACAUGUCGGUAUUCUCCCAGAGGUUUUCACCCUGUGGACGAUUCUUGGCGGCUGGAAACAACUAUGGAGAAAUUGCAUUGUUCAGUCUGACGGCAGCCCUCAGUCCAGAGGCAACAAAUCUGAGUCAGAAACCAGUCCUCACUUUCACAGCUCAUGAGGGCCCAGUAUUUUGCCUGGUCUCCACGGAUAGCCAGCUGAUAAGUGCGGGAAAUGGCGAGAUCUGUUGUUGGAAUUGGUCUGACCUCAUCAAAAGGAACCCAAAAGCUAUUUGGACAAGAAGGCCCAACUACAAGACAAGUUUAGAAAUCCCUGAAAUCAAUGCCAUGGCCCUCAGUCCUAAGGACAACAGCUUGAUUGUUGGGGGAGGGGACAAUAACCUUUACAUCAUGGACCUCGAGAGUGGCGCCUUUAAGUCGGUGCUGCAGGGCCACACUGACUACAUACACUGCCUGGCCGUGAGGGAGAGGGAAGGGGAGAUCCUGUCUGGAGGGGAGGAUGGCUCAGUGCGAAUAUGGGACUCCAGGACGGCUCAGCCAGUGCACUGCAUUGAGGUCUACAAAUACCAGGAAUGUGCCCGCCCCCAGCUUGGCAGAUGGAUCAGCUGCCUGGCCACAGACUCCGACUGGCUGCUUUGUGGAGGAGGACCAUCUCUCUCCCUCUGGCACCUGCGCUCAAUGUCUCCUACUUCAGUCCUUCCCAUUGCCGGCUGUCAGCGUCAGGCCAUGUUCUACCAGGACCUGAUCCUAUCAGCUGGAGAAGGUCCUUAUCUGUACCACUCUCUGGUGGGAGGGAAAGUCAAAGCUCAGAUCCCCUGCACGCCCCCCUCCCUGAACACACUGGCUCUAAACGAGCACCCAUCCGAGCCCCGGGUGCUGACGCUAGGAGGCAGCAGUGCCCAUAUUGAUGUGUUCACCAACUUGUCCUACAGAGCUUUUUCGUUGUCUUUUUGAAAGAAUCCUAAAAGGGUCUUGACAACUCCAUUACUCCUCAUAGAUGUUAAGAUCGGCUUGUGAUAUUGAUGUCUGCUACCUAUUUUUAUAUGUAAUAAAAUGUUUCCAUUUUCA